AUGGCCACCAUACAACCUCAAGAUCAACCACGGAAGAAGCGAACCAGGGCCAAGGUUCCCAAGGUCAGAACAGGUUGCAAAACUUGCAAGUCAGUUACUCAGAUAAUAGCGAAUGGCACAAGCUCAAAGCCGUCCUGCCUUCGUUGCUUGAGGGACAAAUGGACCUGCGAGGGCUACUCACAGAGCAGCCCUGAGCAGUUUUACGUCAGCGGCACUUCGUCUUAUGAGCUGCCUCUGCAUCCGAAGAUUGAGGAAAUGAUCAGCGGGCCUAGCACAUUACGCCCAGCUUUGACAAGCGGAGUGUUGGUCAAUACAGCUGAUAAUGCUCUGUUUUACCAUACUAGGGAGUGGGUGAUUCCCGACCUCGAGAUGAUUGAUGGCUCAAGAGAGUUCUGGCACGACAUCAUAUUACCACUAUCCUACUCGAACUCUGCCAUCAAACAUGCCCUAUGUGCACUGGGGGCUUCUCAUCAGCGGUUUCUCGCAUCAUACCCAGGGAACCUUAACAACAACUUGGACCAUUCCAUCGACUACGACCAUCAAGCAAAUCUCAAAUACAGCGAAGCUAUUGCCCUAAUACGUCCAGUCAUGGCAGAGAACACUGCCUCCAACAUACAAACCGCAUUGCUAUGCUGUACGAUAUUUAUUUGCAUCGAGAACUUACACCGCCGUUAUGCAGACUCGGUACGCCAUCUCCGCGCCGGUCAUCAACUUCUAGAAUCACUACGAACCCUUCAAUCACCGGAGACAUCGCCGAACGGAAUGAACUGUCAGCCAGGAGACGCUGGAUUGUUGAAAACAUUAGCUGCAAUGUUCUCCUCUCUCAGAAAAAGUGUUGGCGCCUUCACAGGAGAUACCUCCUUCUCCAACAUAACUCAGUGUACCCAAGAAAUAGAUAUGGGCAAUCCCAAAACGCCUUUCUCAACCAUCACAGAGGCUGAAGACUCCUUAUCAGCCUUGAACACCUUCUUCGACGACUGCCUCUUUGGCAGCGACACUCCGCCAGGCCACGAUCAAAUAAUUGGCUGCAAGAGUCUUGCGCAAUCAGCCCCCGAGUCGUUCAUCCAUGCUCUCGAUCUAAUAAAACCCCUUUUCCUUUCAUGGAGUUCAAAGAUGCAAAUUUUUGUCAUGUCUAUCCAGAUAAAUCCAUUUGGAACCCUGGAGAAACGCCGCUUGGCUGUGUUGUCGCUGUAUCAGAUAACAUGGUCAGCUUUUCUCAAUACAGACCCUCACAAUACAGGGUUUGCAAACAGUGACUACGAAAGGAUACUCAGCAAGAUUGAGCAGAUCAUCGCGCUGGAAAACUCUCAAACCCGACCAUUGUUUGCUUUUGACGGUCAUCUAGUUCGCGAGCUUUCUACAAUCUGCGCUUCAUGUACAGACGCCGAAAUCCGGAACAGAUCGAUCAUGAUAUUACGGUCAAUGAAUAGACGCGAAGGAGUCUGGGAUAGUUGGGAGGUGGCAAACAUCUACGAAAAAGUCUUCAAGGGACUAGAAGACGGUACUUUGUCAUUUGAUGAUCUACCAUGGGGCUUAACACAAUUAUCAAAAGACCUACAUAACUAA